GUCGCCAUCGUUCUACUCCUCAACAGUGUUUAAAACUUAAUCUAUCUCUUUGAUUUCUAUAAUACUCCAGAUUAACCGUAAUCGAGCAUUGUUGCUGCUGGAUUUUUAGCCAUGGAAACAGAUGAAGCUCCUCGCGUGCUUCCCUUUCAGCUUCAGUUCGACAAACCAGUCGCCUCUCAGAUUAAAAUUGCCGAGUGGAAUCCGGAGAAGGAUUUACUGGCUAUGGUUACUGAGGACUCGAAGAUUUUGUUGCAUCGAUUCAAUUGGCAGAGGCUAUGGACGAUUUCUCCUGGAAGGUGCAUUACAUCCUUGUGUUGGCGCCCUGAUGGUAAAGCACUAGCUGUUGGACUAGAGGAUGGAACUAUUUCUUUGCAUGAUGUUGAAAAUGGAAAGUUGUUGCGAAGCUUAAAGUCCCAUACUGUUGCUGUUGUGUCUCUAAAUUGGGAGGAGGAUGGACAACUAAUAAGGGAUGAUUCUAAUGAAAUCUCAACAUAUGAAGACCGUACUUCUCGCUUUUUUCCUCCUGCUCCAAGAGUUCCUCGGAUGCCUGGACUUGUAUCUGGAGAUACUGGCUUCAUGGAUGAUAGUGAAGAUUCAUACCGAGAGCUGUCGAAGUCUUCGUACCACCGGUUUAAUAUUCUUUGUAGUGGUGAUAAAGAUGGAAGCAUAUGCUUUAGCAUAUUUGGAAUAUUUCCAAUUGGUAAAAUUAAUAUACACAAGUUGCCAAUUCCUUCUUCACUUGUGGAUAAACAAGCUUCCAACAGAUUUGUAAAUGCUUCUAUUUUGAAGGUUGCUUUGUCAAAAGACCUUUGUCAUAUGAUUGUUAUGUGCUCUGGAGAACUUAAUGAAGAUGAUCUUGAAUCAACAGAGAGGCAAACUGGUGGACAUGGUAUACAUGGCUUGCAUUGCUUACUGCUGGAUACUUCCAUAUUUUGGAAAAGGAAAUAUGAGCUCCAUCAGGUUGCUCAGCAGGCUUCUAACAUUGAGGACUUAAUUGAGGUUAUACGUGCAUCAUUCUCAGUUAUGUGCAAGCAGUGGUCAGACGCCAUGCAUAUUUUUCAUGAGAAGUUUGAUUCUCUAUCUAAACUAAUUGUUGACCAUGCUCUGGACUCAUCUCCCCAAGAGGAGCUUCUGAGCCUCCUAGGUGGUGCUCGCACUAGUCCGCCAGUUCAUCAAUUUCUUGUUAACUCUCUCGGUGAAGCGGGAGUGAAGCGUGUAUCAAAGGUUGUUUGUGGUGCUGGAAAAGAACUUCAGCAUAUUGUCCUUGAUCAUCUUCAGCCUGCUGCAGAAAUGAUUGGGUUUAGGAUGGGAGAGCUGAGGGGACUUUCAAGAUGGCGAGCACGCUUUCAAGUGAUUGGAUUGGAUGAGAAACUUAUCAAUAAUGCAACAGAAAAAUCUGGCAUGUUACUAGUACAAGUUGAAAGAUUUAUGAGGGUGCUAUCCUCUGUAGUACAACAGUUUUCCAAUUUCUUUAACUGGCUACUAAAAUGUAUAAAGCUACUGAUGCAAGAGCCAAGUGAUCAGCUUCUUUCAUACAAUAGUGAACUUGUUGUUAUAUUCUUGAAGUUUUUAUAUGAUCAAGAUCCCAUCAGGGCAUUGCUUGAGCCAUCUGAAGUAGAUCGUGAUAUUGAAAUUGAUAUGGAUACAAUGCAAAGGGUUAGAGAACUAGUUGACUUUGGAGGAUUUUCAGAUUGUGAAUAUCUCCGGCGCACACUAGCCAAGGAAUUUCAACAGAUGGAGUCUAGUUUCGAGGAGGCUUUCCUGAUGCCCUUUACUACUAUUUCACGGAAGAUACUUUGCAAGGAUGUUCUAUCACUGUUUGCAUUCUCAUCUUCACCAGUAUCAUUAUCCAUCACCAUUCCUACAUCAGUAUCAUACUACAAGGAUGACUCUUUGGCUAUUUCAUCUCAUCAGACUGGUGAACAUGGGUAUAUUGAUUAUAUUUCUUUCCUAGUACCUAAUGACUCUUCCUUAGGUACUGCAAACUGUGUAGGCAUAGCAAGGGGAUUUAUGCAUAGUCUGAAUGGUAUAAAAGAGGGAUGUGACUCAUUGGAAGCUACACUGCUAUCUGUACCUGAAGGUUAUAACUGUGUGGACCUGUCUUUAUAUAAGGAAAAUCAAAUUGUUUUAUUAUUAAAUGAAAGUGCUGCUGCUACUGAAAGCACCGGAAAAUCCUGUAUGAUGAUUGUCCAAGCUAGUGAUCUCCCAUUUGUGUCCAUUUCAAGGUCUGCAAUAGCCUUCAUGGACUUAAAUCAACUAAAGGACUCUAUAAUGCACCUACAAAUGGAGAAUGAAAAGGUCCGGAUUAUUCCUCAUGUUGCAGUUGCUCCCUUGGCAGUGAGUGCAUCUAGAGGCGUAGCUUGUGUGUUUGCUGCGAGAAAGCGCGCACUGGUAUACAUCCUUGAUGAAGAUGAAGAUGAAGUUUCUGAAGCAGAAUGAUUGCUCCCAUCUCCCAUCCCCCUAGGUCCUCACCCUCGUUCUCUUCUCAUUGACCUUGCCCUCGCCCUUUUUCUCCUCUAUGAUGCAUGUUUAUGAAAAUUUGUGGCAAUGAUAGUGGCCUGUUUUGUUCAUUGUAUAUUAUGUUGAAAGGCAGCAAUCUUGCCACCGUAUUUUAUUUUUAUUUUUAUUUUUUGGAAAAUGAUCAUUUUAGUUUAUUCGUUUUAAAGAGAUAGUUUAGGUAAUCAACAUAACUCGCGAAAGGUCGAAAAACUAUUCAAAUCUUCUGGGUUCAUGUAUUCUAGUCAAUAUUAAUGUUAAGGUCUUAUUAAUGUAUGGAAAAAAAAAAUUGAUAUUAAAAAUAUCACGAUAUC